AUGGCCGACCAAUACGUCACCUUCCACCCCCGGGACGCUCUCUCCAACACCGCGAGCACCACUCUCCAGACCACGGCUGUCGGCGCCGUCGUUGCCGGUGUCCAGAACACACUACGGAAGCAGAAUGUCGGAGCCAUGGGCAUCCUCACCCGCUCGGGAGGCAUAAUCGCGCUAUACGCUGGUGUGGGAGCCGCCUACCAAUUCACACUGGACGCGACUAGCAACCUGCGACAAAAGGAUGACUGCUACAGCGAGGCAGUGGCUGGAUUCGUCGCUGGCUGCGGCGUCGGCGUUGCUAGGCGAAGCCUUCCCUUCAUGCUCGGUGCCGGAGUAUGUUUCUCCACUGUUCUCACUGCCUUCCGAUACACCAACGGUAUGCGCGGUGUGGGAGAUAUCCGCGAUCAGGUCGACGAUGAUGGCGAGGUCGAACGCAGGGAGGAGCUGAAGAAGGUGCGCAGGCGGCCACUAUCCGAGACUCUCCAGCAACUGGGUGAGGGACGCGGAAUUUACGGUCCCGGCUACGAGGAGAGGAGAAGGCAACGCUUGUUGGACAAGUACGGCAUCGACGUCAAGGCAGCGCAAGAAUCGGCUUAG